GAGGAAACAGCUUGGGCAAGGUGUCAGUACGGCGUGAAUGCGCCACAAUGUACCAUCUUGCAGGCCGCGUGUGCGACGGUAGCCGCUCCGGAUGCUUACGAACCAGUCUCCAUAGGAGAAGGAGAUGAUGUAAUGACUUAUAUUGGCGCGAUGAACGGAUAUGCAAACCCGACCAACGAGAUGCUCAAAGAAGCCGAGAAGAUACUAGGCAAGGACAGACUGGUCGCUACAAUUAUCAGCGUUGGAUCCGGGAAAUUGGAUCUAAUCCAUCAACAAGGCUCUGUCAACGAUAUAUUGAAGCGAGCACUCUUGGAUACUGAGCGGAGAAGCGACAAGAGUACAAACUGCUGCAUAUUUAGAAGAGGAAACUAUCAACCAGAGGAUGGAUGGAGCGGUCAACUCACAUCUAAUUCCAUUCUAGACUCGAUUUCAAAAGUGGAGAUCAAAUAUCGACAGCGUCCAGGUGUCGUGACGUUCUUUGUAGGACGGCAAGAUAUAAUCGAUCGACUUUACGAAACACACAUACGAAAUGCUGUCCCUGAAGGUGACUAUCCUACCAUCAGCGUUUUAACCGGCCUCGGUGGUUCUGGCAAGACUCAAAUAGCAUUACGAUUCGCAAAGCAGUUCGAAGCAAUCUCAAAAGACCAACUCAAAGAGGAUUAUCAAGCUAUUAUCCGGUCCCGCGGUAUCGCGCAUCGAACCUCAACUUGGGAACACGCUCUUCAGUGGCUCGCUUAUACAGGCGAACCCUGGCUGAUUAUAGUCGACAAUGCGGAUGAUCCCAAUCUUGACCUACACCCAUUUAUGCCCAAAUGUCCCCGUAACCAUAUUAUUAUUACAACCCGAAAUGUCAAUAAAGGGUUGAUGGCCCGGACACACACCUAUCAUGUACAAGAAUUAGCUGCCGAUGACUCCGUCAAGCUAUUGCUUGGCGUAUCUGGCUAUGAUUUGAACGAGGUCAAUGAUGGGUACGCGAAGGCCAUAGUCAGUGCUUUGGGUCACCUUCCGCUUGCCAUAGCGCAGGCGGCAGGCUACAUCUACAAGCACAAAUGCCUUUCCAGCUACCUCAAAUUAUUUGAAGAAAGUAAAGAAAAGCUUUUAGCACAGAAAGUCAUGGAAUUGCCGCAUGGAUAUAACCUCUCUGUUGCGACUACUCUCGAAAUGUCCUUCGACAGACUCCCUCUUCGAUCCAGGCAAGCCCUGUGUAUACUGUCGUACCUCCACAACACCUCAAUUCCGCACAAGAUAAUUGAGAUCGCAUCUCAGAACAAAUUCUUCUAUGCAUCUGGCAAAGCGAGCGACGCAGAUACGGAGAAACUAGCCGAAACCAAGGCCGAGUCCGAAGCACUUUGCAAAAUCUUCUGUCCUGCAGAGAAAUGGUCGGAGGUGGAAUUUUAUGAGAUCAUUGAACCAUGUCUCCAGUAUUCACUUUUGCUACCCACGACGUCAGUGGACGAUCAAAAAUUCUAUUCGAUGCAUAUACUGGUCCAAUCUUGGUUACAGAUGCAGUCAACUCCUAACGCCCAGCAUUCAUCGAGACUGUUAGCGAAGAGAAUGUUGUUGGCAGUUGUUCAGGAGGGUGAACACUAUCAGUAUCUCAAACUUCAUCAGAUUCUUCUACCACACCUCAGAACAUUUGCUGGUCAAUCUCUGGGAGUUGCGACUGAUGAUGCUCUGAUGUACCAGGUACUGAGUGAUUGUCGGGAUGAUUCGACAGCAUUGGUACACAUAGCAUCAUACAUGGACUUGGUGAACAGUACAUUGGAACCGGAUGCUCCCGAGAGACUCAAAGCUCUUCGAGAUCUCACAUACGCCCGAGUAAUGACGGGUCGUCUUCACGAGGCUGUAAUAGCUGGAGAGGAAGCUGUAAGAUUAUGCAUGGAGUCUCUUGGAAGAGAUGCUCCGUGGACUUUGCAGUCGAAGCUCAACCUAGCUUCCGCCUACAGAUCCGUGGGGCAGUAUGAGGAUGCCCGGAAAAUUGAUGAAGAGGUGUUAGAGGAUAGUAAGAAGUUAUUGGGAACAGAGCACCCGGACACAUUGACAGCAAUGGGAAGUCUGUCAGAAGACUACACUUAUUUGGGAGAAUACAAAAAGGCUCUACAGUUGGAUGAAGAGACACUAGAAUUGCACAAGAGAUUAUUGGGACCAGAGCACCCGGACACUCUGGGCUCAAUGCACAAGUUGGCUGUGGAUUACGGGGAUUUAACAGAGUAUAAGAAGUCUCAGGAGCUGAAUGAAGAGACGUUGGCCUUGAUGAAGAAGGUAUUGGGAACGGAACACCCCAGUACCCUGACCUCAAUGGACAAUUUGGCGUUAGCUUACAGCAAUUUGAAGGAGCACGAGAAAGCUCGAGAGUUGAACGAAGAAACAUUGGCAUUACACAUGAAGGUCUUGGGACCGGAACACCCUAGUACCCUGAUUUGCAUGAGCAAUCUAGCCUUCUGCUACAACAGUUUAGAGGAGUACAGGAAAGCUCAAGAGUUGAACGAAGAAACAUUGGCAUUGCACGUGAAG